CAAGUCUGUCUCCUGAUCCCUUAAUAUUAUGGCAACCGUCGUAAUAGCAAAAACCAAAAGCCCUGGACGGGUGAAGCAGUGCCAAAGGGCUGUGGUGCAGAUGGAGCAGAAAACCCCAAAUAAGAAUGUGAAAACCCUGAAUAAGAAUGUGAAAACCCCGAAUAAGAAUGUGAAAACCCCAAAUAAGAAUGUGAAAACCCCAAAUAAGAAUUUGAAAACAUCCGUCAAACGUCCCAGCAAUGAUCACGAUCUCCAGCCCAAUGAACACCCAAUGGAGCAUGUCCAAGAUGCAGAGGAGAAGCUUAUGUCACUGGCUUUGGAUAAAGAUGGGGAUGGGGGUGGAGACGAAUUUGUGGACGUGUGCCAGAGUGGACUUAUGAUCUAUCGAGAGCUCCAUGACAAACUUUUUGAGCAUCAGAAGGAAGGGGUGGCCUUCCUUUACAAUCUAUAUCACAAGAAGCGUCGGGGCGGUAUUUUGGCCGACGACAUGGGCCUCGGGAAGACCAUCCAGAUCAUUGCUUUCCUUUCAGGGAUGUUUGAUGUUGCACUCGUCCAUUCUGUGUUGCUCAUCAUGCCGGUUACGCUUGUUAACAACUGGAUGCGGGAGUUUGUCAAUUGGGCCCCUGGAAUUAGAGUGAAGGUCUUCCAUGGGACCAGCAAGAAAGAACGAGAGCAAAACCUUGAGCAGAUCCAGAGGAAACCUGGGGUCUUGCUCACCUCCUAUCAGAUGGUCUUGGCCAACUGGGAACAGCUCUCCAAUCUUGAUGGACAGCCCUUCGUUUGGGACUACGUCAUCUUAGACGAGGCCCAUAAAAUCAAAAGCCCCUCUGCAAAAACCACAAAGUCCGUGUAUGGCAUCCCAGCUGCCAACCGUAUCCUCCUUACCGGGACACCAGUGCAAAAUAACCUCCGGGAGCUUUGGGCUCUCUUUGAUUUCGCUUGUCAAGGGUCCCUCCUUGGUACAGCCAAAACCUUCAAGAUGGAGUACGAGGAUCCCAUCAUGAAGGCCAGAGAGAAGGAUGCAACUCCAGGCGAGAAAGCCCUUGGGCUGAAGAUCUCUCAGAACUUGAUGGCUAUCAUCAAGCCAUAUUUCUUGCGUCGGAGUAAAGGGGAAAUACAGAAGCUGAAUUCGGAGCGGUCCGUCUGCCUGCCCGGCGAAGAGAGGGACUACAUUGCUCUGGAAAUGCCGUCUCUGCCAAGGAAAAAUGAUUUUAUUGUCUGGGUGUACUUGUCCCCCACGCAAGAAGAGAUCUAUAGGAGUUUUCUCUCCUUGGAUCAUAUCCAUGCGCUGCUCAUGGCGACGCGCUCCCCGUUAGCCGAGUUGACCGUCUUGAAGAAACUCUGUGAUCACCCCAGGUUGCUGUCCGCACAAGCUUGUCUCAAGCUGGGUUUGGAGGUAUCAGAGUACUCUGAGCCAACAGAUGAGUCAACUUCAAGCAUGACCCAAGAAAUCAAAUGUGUUUCUGAUAAACUUCUCAUCGAGGAGUCGGGAAAGCUAGUUUUCCUUGUCGCACUGUUGGAGAAACUUCAAGAAGAAGGACACCAAACUCUUGUCUUCUCCCAGUCGAGGAAAAUGCUGGAUAUCAUAGAGCACAUCUUAACCAAACGGAACUUCCGGCUGAUGCGUGUCGAUGGGACGGUGACUUGUUUAGCAGAACGGGAGAAGAGGGUUAGACAGUUUCAGAUGGACAAAAGCUAUUCGGUCUUCCUCCUGACCACCCAAGUUGGAGGUGUUGGUCUGACUUUGACCUCGGCCACCCGGGUGGUUAUUUUCGAUCCCAGCUGGAACCCUGCAACCGAUGCCCAAGCUGUGGACAGAGCCUACCGGAUUGGACAAAAAGAGAACGUUGUGAUCUACCGACUCAUCACUUGUGGGACGGUGGAAGAGAAGAUCUACCGGCGUCAAGUCUUCAAGGACUCGUUGAUCCGGCAAAGCACCGGGGAUAAGAAAAACCCGUAUCGGUAUUUCACCAAACAGGAACUGAGGGAGCUCUUCACGCUGGAGGACACCACACAGUCUGCGACACAACUCCAGCUCCAGUCCUUGCAUGCCACUCAGAGGAAUUCGGACCUGGAGUUGGAUGAACACAUUGCCUAUCUUCAUACCUUGGAGAUGUUCGGCAUAUCAGAUCACGACCUGAUGUACACCUGCGAAACGGGUCAAGAGGAGGAAGAAGAGGAAGCAGAAGAUGAGGAGGCACAUCGGUAUAUUGAACACAGAGUCCAGAAGGCCCAGGAGUUGGUUCAGUUAGAGUCGCAACUCAUAAACAAAAAAUCCCAGAAAUCCCGCUACUCGUGAAUCGCUUGUACUACUCAUGUAUUUCCAAUCAAGUCACCUCCAAUGGAAUUAAAUCCAUCCAGAAGAGGCUCUACUACAUCUGAUAUUCUUUCUUGCCAGAGACAUCAUUUACCAUGACCACCUGGCCACGCCAAUCUCUGGAUGCUUUUUGACGUGAUUGUCUUUUCAAGAUGUUCUUAAUAAUCCAGUUU